AAUUUUAGAUUUUUGUAAAAUCAUACUCCGCCGCUAGCAUGGAAAAUCUAACUCUAGAAGAUCCCCUCUCUCCCUUCGCCCGCUUCUCCUCGCCAGGCGACCUAGCUCCAGACCUCAACUACCUUCUUGACAUCGCCGCUCGCGGCCAAUGGCUCUCCGUCCUCGAUAAAGUCUCCCACGCACGCACCACUUCUCUUCUCUCUAAACCCCACGAGCACCUCGUCUACCUCGCCUUCAAUGCCCUCGCCCUCCACAAGCUCCGCCGCUUUACCGAUGCCUCCCUUGAGAUCGACUCUCUUUCCCCCGCCGACGACAAUCCGGACGACCCUUUCGACCAUCCGCGCUUCCUAUACGACUCUUAUCCCGAAACUUACCCUUCCUUCCAUGGCUCCAUGCUCCCCUUUUCCAUCCGCCUUCUCUAUGCUGAUCUCCCCCAGCGCAUCGGCAACCGCUCCGAGUCUCUUGAUCGUCUCUACUCCCUCCUCGGCUUUACUCGCGCCCGAUCCGGAGACAGAUGGCGCCGCCGCGAGGCCAUUGUUCUUGGAUCUGUCGCGCGUAACCAUUUUAUCCACCGGGAGUUUGACGUUACACUGGCUUUAAUCGGUGAGCUGCUUAUUACGAAUCCAUCCGAUCCAUUUCUUGUGUCGCGGCUCGGGUAUGUUCAGCUUCAGAUUGGGGACUUGGAAGGUGCGAAGGAGUCUUUUGCGCGGGUGGAGGGGAUGAAAUUGGACGGAGCGGAGUUCGAUAAUUUGGUUGGGAGGAAUCGAGCGUUGGGGUUUGUGGUGUCGAAAGAUUAUGUUUCGGCUGUGAGGGAGUAUGAGGAGUGCAUAGAGAGGGAUCCGACUGACGUGGUGGCUGCGAACAAUAAGGCUCUGUGCUUGCUUUAUUCCAGGGAUUUGUCGGACUCGAUUAAGCAACUGGAGGGAACAUUGGAGAGGGUGCCGACUGCGGCGCUGAACGAGACGCUGGUGGUGAACCUGUGCAGCAUGUAUGAGUUGGCCUAUGUUCAACAUGGGGAUAUCAAGAAGAGUUUGAGCACCUGGAUAGCCAGGGUUGCUCCAGAUGAUUUCGAUCCUUCCUGCACCCGCACCUGAACCAGGUACAACCGUCCUUUGUUCGAUGGUUUUAUCGAUUGAUUUCAUUUCAAAGGUUAAAUGCGAGCUUGCUGUUAGAUCAGUAACUGUGUAGGAAGAGUAUAUCUACUGGUGAUUCAGUGAUUUUGAAGUGACAAUCCUAGUUAAUCCUUUUGUGGAACCGAAUUAUGAGUUGUAGCAGAAAGGGUGCUCAGUAAAGCUGCUUGAAAUCUUGGUUUGUAAACAUUCAAGUGAUCACAUACCAGUUUGAAUCUUAUUCCAGGGAGAAAAUAAGUGUAUGAUGUUGCUUGGAGAAUGGUUUUGGGUUUUGAAAAGUUGUUUGAAAAAGAUAUCUUGGCACUGUUGUAGCUGAAGUCUGUUAGUUUUAGAUGCAUGAUAAGAUAUUUUUGAUAAAUUUGUUGAAAAUCAAACCUGGGCACGUUAUCAAAGUUGUUUGAGAGCCUCAGUGGCUUUAUUUCCGUUGCAAUACUUGCAUUUUGUUGUAAUUGCCCUAUUUGGUUUGAUCUUUUCUGUACUCAUCUAUUUGGUAAACGAAAAUUCUUCAGCUUUCCAUCCU